AUGCUGGAGAAGGAUACGAACUCAUCAACUUCUAAUGUUCAGAUUGAAUCGGAUGCCCCUUUAGAAUCAAUCAAUAACACCAAACAUGCUAGAGAUGAAAAUGAGGAGAAAUCAGACGAACCAGAUUCAAAGAAAUUAAAAUUGGAUUAUUCGGAAACACAAAUCGAAACAAAAGAGCAACAAUCGACAAUGGAGCCACCAACUCAAACAGAGAAACCAUCAUCGGGAUCAACAUCGCUAGAAAAGUCUGCUACACUGGAAAACCCUUCAAAAGAAUCAAUAAACUCGGAUACACAACCAAAAACAACUGAUAUUGUAUUCAAGGAAGAUGGCACUGUGGAUACUUCACAGAUGAUUCCUGCAGCCAAACCUGAUUUGAAAAUUGAAGAAAAUAUUUCCAAUGCAAUGCCAAAUCACCAAAAACAGUAUUUAUUGAAAUCGCUCAAAUCAAUCAAAAGGUUGAAAGAUUCUCUGCCAUUCUUACUCCCAGUUGAUAUCGUCAAAUUACAAAUUCCUUUCUAUUACAAUUUUAUCCCAAAACCAAUGGAUCUAUCAACUAUAGAGAAGAAAUUAACAGUUGAUGGGUACGAGACUCCAGAUGCAGUCCAUGAAGAUUUCAACUUAAUGAUAAGUAAUUGUAUCAAAUUUAAUGGCGAGAAAGCUUCAAUUUCAAGGAUGGGUCUAAAUAUUCAAGCAAGCUUUGAAAAGUUAUUGCUUAACGUUCCAGACAAAAAUAUAGCACCUGGAAGCUCCUCAGAUUCUAACAGAAAUAAAAGAAAACCUACUACAGCUGGCAAUUCCACAGGCAAUGGCGUUCCGAAAAUUAGAAGAGAUAAUACUUCUGGCAGACCAAAGCGAGAAAUUCACCCUCCCAAGCCAAAAGAUAUGCCAUACGAUAUUCGACCAAGAAACAAAAAGUUGCUUGCAGAUUUAAGAUUUGCUGGCCAAACUUUGAAAGAAUUAACAUCCAAAAAACACGAAACCUAUAACUAUCCAUUUCUUGAGCCUGUUGAUCCAGUGGCUUUGGACUGUCCAACAUAUUUUGAUAUUGUUAAAAUACCAAUGGAUUUAUCGACUAUUCAAAACAAGUUACAAAAUAACCAAUAUAAUGCAUUGGAAGAAUUUUACAACGAUGUCAAAUUGGUUUUCAAAAACUGUUAUGCAUUUAACCCGGAGAAUACUCCCGUUAAUUUGAUGGGUCAUAAGUUAGAAGCUAUAUUUGAUAAGAAAUGGCUCGAUAAACCAGUCCAUGACCCCACUCCACCUCCAGGCAGUGCAAAAGGUGAAGAAUUCUAUGAUGAGGAUCAUGAAGAUGAUGAUGAAGAAUUUGACGAAGAAGACGAAAUUGACAUUGAGCAAUCAAUCAUGAACAACCAAGCGAUUCAAUUUUUGGAAGCUCAAAUUGAACGUAUGAAGAAAGAUUUAGAAAAAAUGAAAAAAGAGGAAUAUGAAAAGGCAAAGAAGCGGGCUCUCAAGCAAAAGAAAAAGAAAGGUCUGGCGAAGGGUAAGAAAUCAGGUGCAGCAGCCAUUAGAAAUCGUAAGCUUUCCAAGAGUACGGUGGAUGGUAUUGAUGAACCAAUUGAGUUAACAUUUGACAUGAAAAAAGAAUUAAGUGAAAAAAUUAAUUAUCUCAAUGAAAAGAAGUUGCAACAUGUUAUGAAGAUCAUAAAUGAAUCGGUUCCGGAUUUGCAAAAGGAUGGAGAGGAUGAAAUUGAAUUAGAUAUGGAUAUGGUGGAUGAUGAAACAUUAUUGAAAUUGUACAAUUAUGUAGUAGCUAAAAAUUCAAACGCGGGAACAAGCAAGAAAGGUAAGGGCAAAGCAGGUAAUGGGAAAGCAAAGAGAAAAUCGAUUACAAAAAAGGCUAGUGACCGUGAUAAGAAGAUUGAUAUUUUGAAGCAACGAUUAGAGGAAUACGAUAAGGGUAAUAGCUACCAAAAUGGUAUUGAAAGUAGUGAUGAAGAUGAUGAAGAUGAUGAUGACGAAAGUGAAAGUUCUGAAGAAGAGUGA